AGUAACGAGGAGGAGCAUAAUGUCUUCAUCAAACUCUCGCUGUGCUGCCUGCAAAUUCCUUCGAAGAAAAUGCUCACAAGACUGUGUAUUUGCCCCGUAUUUCCCACCUGACCAGCCUCAGAAAUUUGCAAACGUUCAUAAAGUGUUUGGAGCCAGCAAUGUCGCGAAACUCCUCAAUGAUCUAAGGCCUGUGCAACGCGAAGAUGCAGUCAAUUCCUUAGCUUACGAGGCAGACGCUAGGCUCAGAGACCCGGUUUAUGGCUGUGUAGGCCUCAUCUCAAUUUUACAAGACCAACUCAAACAAGUUCAGGGUGACCUGAUUAAUGCCAAGAAAGAACUAGCCAAUUACAGAACUUCUGCAGUGUUACCCUACAAUAUGUUGCCUAUGUUAGGCUUGUGCUUGAAUCAAGACCACGGGGCAAUGCCACUAGUAAUGCAUGAUCAUCCGCAGAAACAGCACCUGAUGGAGGCUCAGCAAUUAGCUGUGGCAGAGUGGGAACAACAAGAAAUGUUAAGGCCUUGCAAACAGGAGCAACAACGACGUGUUUAAUACGAGUAGGCAGGUUACUGCUAGUGGGUUUGAUCAAUCUAUAGCAGGUGUUUUGACAAUGUUUUUGGCAUUGGAAUCAUAUGAGGAUCCAUAUCAUCAUCAAAUCCUAGAACAGCAGUCAGAAGAGGCUUAUAUUAUGUCCAAGAACAACACUAAGAUGGGUAGGGCGGUUCAUUGAUCCAUGUUAAAAACGUUUGAUAGAUAGUUUUAUGUCGUUACCAUAUUAUGGAUAUUCUAAGAUAAUUUUGGGGUGAGCAACCCAGAAUUUUGGGACGAGAGAGGAUAAACCCUUAUCACUUGGG